AUGCGGCCUCUUUCUACGACGCUACUCUUACUUCUUGUCUUUCUAGUCAGCAGAUUCUCGGCACAGGAAUGGCCACUCCACGACGAUGGCCUGAACAACAUUGUGCAGUGGGAUCACUACAGCUUCGAGCUGCACGGCCAGAGAGUCUUUCUCUUUUCAGGCGAAUGGCACUAUUGGCGAAUUCCCGUUCCCGAAUUAUGGAUCGAUAUUCUCCAAAAGAUAAAGGCAGCGGGUUUCACAGCGUUUGCCAUGUAUGUCAGCUGGGGCUAUCAUGCGCCAAAUAAUCAGACUUUAGACUUCUCAACAGGAGCGCACAACUUUACCCCUAUCUUCGAUAUAGCCAAGGAUCUAGGACUUUAUGUCCUUGUCCGUCCUGGGCCCUACAUGAAUGCUGAAGCGAAUGCCGGUGGGUUCCCCCUGUGGCUUUCAACCGGGGAAUAUGGGACCCUACGAAACAACGAUAGUAGAUACACUGAAGCUUGGAAGCCAUACUUCUCCACGGUAUCUGAUAUCGCUGCUGGUUAUCAAAUUACAAACGGCCAAAACAUUAUCUCCUUUCAAAUUGAAAAUGAGUAUGGAGAACAGUGGAUCGGCGCCGCUUCAAAAAGGAUCCCAAAUGAGACCGCCAUUAGCUAUAUGGAGCUCCUUGAGGAACAUGCCCGUGCAAAUGGAAUAAAUGUCCCACUGGUCGCCAACGAACCAAAUAUGAACACUAUUUCUUGGGGGAAGGAUUGGUCCAAUGCCGGAGGAAAUGUUGAUGUCGUCGGCCUGGAUGACUAUCCCUCGUGCUGGACUUGUGACUUGAGUCAAUGUACCGGUGUCAAUGGAGAGUAUAUACCGUACCAUGUCGUGGACUUCUACGAUUAUUUCCAGAAGACACAACAAACAAUGCCAUCUUUCCUCACGGAAUUCCAAGGUGGCUCGUUUAAUCCAUGGGGUGGUCCUGAAGGCGGAUGCCCUGAUGAUAUCGGACCAGAUUUUGCAAACUUGUUUUACCGAUGGAACAUUGGCCAGCGUGUCACUGCAGUGAACAUAUAUAUGUUAUAUGGGGGAACGAGUUGGGGAGCGAUCGCUGCCCCAGUUACAGCAACGAGUUAUGACUAUUCGGCACCAAUAUCAGAGGAUCGUGCCAUCGGUGAGAAAUAUUACGAGACGAAGCUCGUGACAUUAUUCACUCGUGCGGCGCAGGAUCUAACGGUGACGGAUUUAAUCGGGAAUGGUACACAGUACACUACAAACAAGGCAGUCCAGGCAUAUGAAAUUCGAAACCCGAAUUCUUCUGCGGGUUUCUACGUCACACUCCACGCCAAUUCUUCGAGCUCAACAAAUGAAAUCUUCCAACUACACGUCAACACUUCUGCAGGUCCUUUAAUUAUUCCAGAACACGGAAGUUCUAUCCGGCUAAACGGACAUCAAUCGAAGAUCAUUGUCACGGAUUUCAAGUUUGGCUCACAUAACCUUCUAUAUAGUACCGCUGAAGUCUUGACAUACUCGGUUCUCGAUGGCGUGCCUACGCUUGCUUUAUGGGUGCCAACUGGCGAGUCAGGAGAGUUUUCUGUCGAUGGAGCCAAAAAAGGAUCGAUAGGGCGAUGUGACGGCAGCUCUGGAGUGAAAUUUUACGCCAGCAAUAGUGGCCGUGGACUCACUAUCACCUUUACGCAAGCUCGUGGCAUGAGUGUCAUAGAGUUGGAUAGUGGGGCCCGUAUUCUACUCAUGGACCGAACGGCUGCGUACCAGCUAUGGGCACCAACUCUAAGUUCAAACCCAUUGGCUCCGGAAGGCAAUACCAUCUUGGUUCAAGGGCCGUAUCUUGUCCGCGAUGCCAAGAUCGUUGGAUCCACAGUGCUCUUGACAGGUGACUCGUCGAGUGCGACUCGUCUAGAAGUAUUUGCACCAAAGCACAUCAAAGAGAUAUCGUGGAAUGGAAAGAAGCUCCACACGUCCGGAACGGCAUAUGGAAGCUUGAUAUCGCUCACUCCCGAACCAAAAUCCAUCACACUCCCAUUGUUGGAUUCUUGGAAAUUUAAAAACAGCCUCCCAGAAAAGCUUUCGGGUUACGAUGAUUCUGGAUCAGCAUGGCUUAACGCCGAUCACAUGACAACUGCAAAUCCGAGCCCACCAGUAACUUAUCCUGUCCUCUACGGAGACGACUAUGGCUUCCAUAACGGCGUUCGCCUCUGGCGCGGUUACUUCAAUGGGUCAGCAACUGGUGUAUUUUUGACUGUUCAAGGAGGAAAUGCCUUUGGUUGGUCUGCCUGGCUUAAUGGCCAGUUCUUGGGUUCAUACCUUGGCGACGCCUCUCUGGAGGUGGGUAGUCUAAACCUUACGUUUGGCAACGCUACUGUCCACGAAGCAUCACAAAAUGUUCUGCUUAUCGUGCAUGACGAUACUGGUCAUGAUGAAACAACAGGGGUUUUGAACCCUCGUGGUAUUCUCCAAGCCAGCUUGCUGUCCAAUGAUAAUGCUACCAAUUUUAGUCACUGGCGUGUUGCUGGAACAGCUGGUGGAGAGUCGAACCUAGACCCUAUCCGUGGAGUCUAUAACGAGGACGGACUAUAUGCAGAACGUAUGGGGUGGCAUCUGCCUGGGUUUAAUGACGACGAGUGGGCCGAUGUCGGAACCCAGCUCAAGUUCACUGGUGCCGAUAUCCACUUCUACCGAACAGUCGCGCCUUUGAAUAUCCCUAAGGGUGUAGAUGUUUCCGUUUCCUUCUUGUUGUCAGCAUGCGGAGAUACAAAGGCAUUCCGUGCACAGCUUUUUGUCAACGGCUACCAGUAUGGUCGAUUUAACCCAUGGAUAGGGAACCAAGUCGAAUUCCCGGUGCCGCCUGGUGUCCUUGACUAUACAGGAGAUAACACCAUUGGAUUGGCUGUCUGGGCACAGACAGACUCUGGAGCAUGUACUACGGUGGAUUGGAAGAUUAAUUACGUUGUGGAGAGCUCUCUUGAUGUGACUUUUGACGGCAGUUAUCUACGGCCGGGAUGGACAGAACGAAGACUUAAAUUUUCAUAG